AUGAAGAAGAAACUGACGCUGAAGGGGCAUUGGGGUACUUGGAAUGUCUGGGCCACCCUGAUGCUGACUUUUUUGAGACACACAAUUGAUGUAGAAAAUUGGUUGGCAGACCUAUUUUGGGCUGAUGGAAUUUCUUGUCGUGAUUAUUCUUGUUUUGGGGACAUUAUGGCUUUCGACUCCACCUAUAAGAGGAACUCAUACAAUAAGCCCCUGCUUAUUUUUGUUGGGUUGAAUCACCAUUAUAGGACAAUAGUCUUUGCAAUUGCUUUGCUAUACAACGAGACUGAGGAGAUCUAUAUUUGGGUUUCAGAGGAAUUUCUAGAGUGCAUGAAAAACAAACCACCUCUUGUGGUGGUCACCGAUGGUGAUCAUGCUAUGGCAAAAGCAAUACAAAAAGUUUUUCCAAAUCCUGUUCACUGCUUGUGUGCUUGGCACCUUCAGAAUAAUGUAACUAUUAAUGUGUCUCAUCCUAUUUUCAAGUCCAAGUUCAAUGAACAACUUUAUCAAUGCUGUAUUGAGGAAGAUUUUGAGGAUACAUGGAAGAGAAUGGUUUCAGAAUUCAAAUUUGAGGAUAGUCAAUGGGCAACAACUACCUACAAUAAUAGGAGGAGUUGGGUAGAAUGUUUUCUACAAGGGUAUUUCUUUGGGGGACAAAGCACUACUCAAAGACCAGAGUCAAUUAAUUCCUACUUGUCCCACUUCUUGACGAGCAAACUCAAACUUAUAGAUCUGGUUGGCCAAGUAGACAAGGCCAUACAAAGUAUUCGUCACACAGAAUGGGAAGAUGACUUCAUCAGCAACCAUAGUAUGCCACAAUUACCAUCGAACGUCCUCUGA